AGGUUUUUUGUUUUGAUUGUGAUCCAUUGGCAGUGCGGUGCAAGUGCAGCAAAUAAAUAAUAAUCAUUGUGUAUGGAGGAAAGAAGGGAAUAAAAAAAACAAACCGGUGAGUGAAACUAAGUGCAUCAAUUUGUGUUCCAAAUCAGCGGACAUUGCAUCAUUGCCAGUUGAAUGAUGUAAAUCGAACUGUUUUUGGAAGGAGACAAAUUGCAAAAUCCAUCAAACGAAAAACAUGGACUUCUUGCUACUCCUGGGCGUGGUGGUGGCCAUUUACGGGGUGCUCUUGUUUUUCGACAAUUUUUUCAAGAGCUGCAUGCACUACCCAUACGAGGCAUUCCUCAAGGGAACGGGCCUCUCGAUAAAAUUCCUUCGUCUGCAGUGGCAUACAACGGCCCUAAAUCGGUCCAUUGUCAAAUGGAGCACGGCUUAUCCGAAACUCCUGGAUCUCAAUUUUAGCUUGGGAGUGUAUCUGUCGGUUUUACUGAUGCCGCUAGCAUCGCUGUUGAUCGUCGUCUCUGCUUUCCAUACCAGGAGUUCCGGAAAGGUCGGCUCGGAUGGAGCUGCUGCCGGAUCCAGUGCGGCCAAGAAUACCGUUUCGUUCGAUUUGCUCAUUCCGGGAGUCAAUUUGCCGCUGAACGAAAUCGGAUACUACAUCGCGGCGCUGGGCAUUAACAGCGUCGUGCACGAGCUUGGCCAUGGGUUGGCUGCCGUUUUGGAGGAUGUUCCGAUCAAGGGCUUCGGCUUUCACGUGAUGCUGAUCAUUCCAAUGGCUUACACGCAGCUCGAUUCGGACCAGCUGAAUGCGCUGAAAACGUGGAAGCGACUGAAGGUGCUCUGCGCCGGCAUAUGGCACAAUCUACUGCUGGGGGCUUUUACGUAUUUGCUGUUUGUGACCACUCCGGUGAUGUUGUCGGCGAUUUACCGGGUGAACGAAUCGGUGAUGGUGACGGACAUUAAGAAUAACUCGCCGCUUCUGGGUGCACGGGGACUGGAGGAAGGUGACAUCGUAACCUCGAUCAACAGCUGCGAGGUCCGCAACGAGGCAUCCUGGUACGACUGCCUGCUGGAAUCGCUCCAUUCGCAACCCUCCUACUGCAUAUCGCCGGACUUUGUCCACCUGAACGAUGAAUCCGUUCCGAUCUCGCACAAAAACGACGGCCUCAUCGAGUGCUGCAACGCCGAGAACAAAGCCUCCAACUGUUUCGAGUACAUGGUGGACGUGAACGAAGAGGACGUUGCCCUCCCGCAGCACAUGUGUCUCAACAUUAGGAAGGUCGUUGAGAACUCCUUUGGCUACUGUCACCAGAAACCGAUCUGCCCGGAAGGACAUUGCUUCAAACCGAUUAUCAACAAUUUCACGACCAUUCUGCAAAUCAGGAGGGAUAGGAAGCCGGAUGUCAUCUACAUCGGGCAUCCAGCGGAUCUGACCCGAACCAUUCGAAUCUCGCAGUUUGUACCGAAGACGUCGAUCUUCCGACCGGGUUUUGCGGAUCAUAUUCAACUACUGCUCAAGUAUGUGACCGUUUUUGCCUUGGGAUUAUCGAUCAUCAAUGUGAUUCCCUGUUUCGGGUUCGACGGGCAGCACAUUGUCAGUACAUUGUUGUCCAAUGGAUUGGUUGUCAGUCGGGUACCUCAAAAGAGCAAACGCGACGUGAUUGCACUGUGUAUCAACUGCAUUGGAACGUUGUUUGUGUUUAUUCUGCUGACGAAGGUCUUUUGGCAGAUGUUAUUCAAAGCACUGUGGCCGUAGAGGGAGGGGGACGGCGAUCUGAAUUUUGUACAACUGACAGUGGUUCUACGUUGACGUAGAGCCGCGCACCUUAGGGCGUAAUAUUGAAGAAUCAUGUGCUGUAGUCAAUAGCGUUUAAGACAUUUUGCAUGUAAGGAAAACAUCACGAAACGAAGAUGAUAGCAAUAGCCGUUAUUUGGUAGCGAUGACGUGGUGUGCGUGUAUACUGAGCAACGAUGUGCAACUUUGUUUGUAAUACUAAAUACCUGUAAACCGAGUAAAAGGUGUAGCUAAAUACAAUCACCCUUUUUAAAUACCAA